AUGCGGACGAUGGAGUUCGUCCGGAUCAUCCGCCUGGAGCAGCUGGUUCCAGCGGUUCCUGGAUCUCUUCCGGUCUUCAGAGAACCCCGUGAUCAUCGGGGCACCCCCGCCACCAUCGCGGAGGCGCCGUGGCUCGUCUACGUCUCCUCCGUCAUGUCCAAUGGAACGUUUGGAUGCACGGGCUCCAUCAUCGACCAGUAUCACGUCUUGACUGCAGGUCAUUGCAUCAUGGAAGGGACAAGAUUGGCAAGUUCCUCGAGCGUCAGGGUCGGGAACGAGAAUAAAAGGGAGGGGAAACUUUACGCUGCAUCGUCGUUCCAUCCUCAUCCCUCCUACAACAACUUGAACCUAGCACUGGGCCACGACAUCGCCGUGAUCAAACUAGCAUUGCCUCUACAAUUCACACCAUCCAUCCAACCGAUCUGCAUCCCGAGGUCAGACAACUUGAACAAUGCACGAGCCUGCACCAUCAAGAUGUUCGGUUGGGGGAGAAUCACAGCAGAUGGCGUGACUCCUACGGACUUGCUGCGGAAGGUGACUGCCACCGUCCUUCCCAAGGACGAGUGCGCGACUGAGUACGACAGGGGAAUCAUAUGCGCCAAGGGUGUCACCGAGGGGACUGGAACUUGUAAGGGAGACAGUGGUGGACCUCUGGUCGUGUAUGUCAACGGCAUAGCCUACGCCAUGGGUGUGGACUCUUACGGUGUAAUUCCGUGUUCGUCCAAGCCCUCCCGUUACACUCGGAUCACCUCUAACAUCGAGUUCAUCUCCUCUGAAAUCGGCAGCGGAUGA